AUGAUCCUGUCGCGAAAGAAAGAGCUACUCGAUAUUCCCGAAGACGAACCUGAAAUGCUUCACUUCACUCUUUCAAAGCUUCCAAACCCUCUUGAUUUGGAUGCUCAUAUCCUGAACGCGACAAAGCUGUUCAAUGAUCAUCCACCCGAAUCUCUGCCGCUUGGUGCUUGGAAACAUAUCCCUUGGUGCAGUGUGCUCAAGACUUCACGGAAUCCAUAUCAAGCCUAUACUGUAGAAGAUGCAGUGUAUCUAUUUGAUCAACAGGUUCGACAGCUUCGCUACGAGGAGCGCAAGAAACAAGCUCUCGACUUUAUGUGGAGCCACCGUCGCUCCAUUGGCUCUAUGGCAUUGGCUAUCCUCGUUGGAGCGGCAUCUAUCUACCUUAGAAAGAGAGGAUUGGACAAUGCCAUCUUGUCCUAUGCUGGUCGAGUUCAAAAAUUACUUCGGAAGUGGAUCUCUUCUCUUCUGUGA